CUUUAUAGCCCAAAAAACCCUAAAAUAACGAGCUCUAACGACGAGUAACGAGUGCCGCACCAGGAGAGAACCCGGUAAGAAGCGGAGAAGAAGCUGAUCGCCAAUUUCAUCAAACCCUAAUUGAUAAUCCAGAUUUCAAGCGCUUGGACAAAAAUGAGCUUUGGAAUCAUACCUAGGGAUGUAUUUGGGGAGUGGGACAAGUCAGGGUGGAGUUUAUGGUUUUUAUGUAUAGUUGGAAGUUCUUCCUCACUCUCAGAAGAGCUAUCAUCUGCAAUAGUUAUUGAGUGGAUGAGGAGAUCAAAUAUUAAUUCGAAUAAUUAUUGCUUUGGAGCAUCUUGGAGUAUAUGAGCGAUGGAGCUUGUGGAGCUUAGCUUAACUGGGGGAUUGCUCUCUUGGUUUCAUUAUUUUUCUGUUUGAAUCUGUUAUUUUGGAGCAUCAUGGAGCAUUUAGGCAAUGGAGCUUGUGGAGCACAGCUCAAUUGGAGGAUUGCUCUCUUGUGUUGCAGCGAAUUCUUCCUUCAUUGCUGAGAAUGAGUGGUCGUUUUUCACGCACGAUUUAUGUUGGCAACCUUCCAGCAGAUAUAAAGGAAUGGGAAGUUGAAGAUCUAUUCUAUAAGUAUGGUCGUAUAUUGGAUAUUGAGUUGAAGAUUCCACCUCGCCCUCCUUGCUUUUCUUUUGUGGAGUUUGAAAGUUCUAGAGAUGCAGAAGAUGCCAUCAGGGGUAGAGAUGGUUACAACUUUGAUGGCUGUCGGCUGAGGGUUGAGCUUGCUCAUGGAGGAAGAGGGCCAUCAUCUUCAAGUGAUCGUCGAGGAAGCUAUGGCAGCAGUGGUGGUGGAGGGCGUUAUGGUGUUUCUCGGCAUUCUGAUUACCGAGUUAUUGUUCGAGGUCUUCCAUCUUCUGCUUCUUGGCAAGAUUUGAAGGAUCAUAUGCGGAAAGCUGGCGACGUGUGCUUUGCUGAAGUUUCUCGUGACAGUGAAGGUACCUUUGGCAUGGUUGACUACACAAAUUAUGAAGACAUGAAGUAUGCUAUAAGGAAACUUGAUGAUACUGAGUUCAGGAAUCCUUGGACAAGAACCUACAUCCGGGUGAGAGAAUACAAGCGCAGUCCUUCAAGAAGUCGCAGCAGGAGCAGAAGUCCAAGGAGGAGUAGGAGCAAAUCACCCGGCCGAUCACUUUCGAGAUCACCAACGCCAAAGUCUAGAUCUGCGUCUCCUGUUAAGCCAACCAGGUCCAGAUCAAUUUCAAGGUCUAGGUCUAGGUCUAUAUCGAGGUCAUUGUCAAGGUCCAGAUCAGCAUCACCACGGCAGGCACGAUCAAACAGUGGCUGAUGCUGAUGCAAGAUUUGUUUAGUGGUGUACUCCUCUUGGAAGGAGAGUCUAAAACUUUGUGCUUAGUUUUGGUUAGGAUAUGCUAUGGACUAGAGCUAUGUAUUAAAGGCAGAACCUUUGGAGGUCCCUAGUAAUGUGUGUUCUUAUCUGAGAGCUGCAGUAUCCUGUUCUCUCGGCUGUUAGUAGUCUAUGGUCAAUAAGCGUGUAUGAUCUAUUUUUGCAAGUGGUUUUGCUUCUUAAUGGGGUUCUGACUAUCAAAGGUGGACAUUGGCUUCUUAAUGGGGUUUUGCUUUUCGAAGUUGGCAUUUGUUGAAGCUUUUGAUGUUCCUCCUAAAUACUUCCUCAUGAUAAAGUACCAGUUAGUAACA